AUGGGCGACGCCGCCGCCGACGGCACAACCAGCGGCGGCCUCUGCCCAUGCCAGAUCUGUAUCAGAGAUCGCGCUGGCGCUGUGGGCAACCACAGCGGCUCCUCGUCGCAAGCACACAACGACUCUCAGGCCUUCCAGGCGGCCUUCGACAAACACCUGGAGAACAAGUACAUCUACGCCGCCGUCACCCACGUCCAGACGUUGGGGGACACGUCCGCGGAGAUGUCGGCCGAGGCGAUCGGCAUCUACCUCGAACACGAUGACGUCCGUCGGUUCGCGGCCUUCCUCCACAGGAACCGCGAAUGGGUCCGCGACCUCAAGCGCCCGUCGCUCGAGCCUGGCAAGGGCAAGAUGCCGAGCCAGGUCGUCGAGCGUGACCCGGAGGACGCAUUCAGGACGACGAUCGUGUCCUUCCUUCGUCGUCCCGCCGUCCAACUUGCGCUCAAGGUCCUCAAGGACGCGGAGGUGUGUGGGGACACUCUCCCAAUGCUUCGCCCUCUGGCCGACGGGGAGGACAUGAAGGGCCUUCUUGAAAAACUCCACGCCAACCUGGAGUUCUUCGUGCAACUGGGUGUGCCGGGCAACCUGUUCGAUGUCGUGGAGGAGAUCAACUCUCCCCUCGUCAUCGACCUCACGGUGUCAAGCCCACCAUCGUCACCGAUGGUCCCCGUCGCAUCCCGCAAGCGUCCCCGCAGUGCGCAAGGUAACCCCACCAAGCGCACUGCACUCUCUGUGGCUCGUAUCGGGCUCUUCAAACUCUCAUGGCUCCUCAAGCGCAUCGGGCUCCUCCAAAACCUAUGGCUCCUCCAACUCCUAUUGCUCCUCAAACGCAUCGGGCUCCUCAAACUCCUAUGGCUCCUCAAACCAAUCGGGCUCCUCAAGAAUCCAUGGCUCUUCAAACCCCCUCGGGCUCCUCAAACUUCCCAGGCUCCUCAAGCGCCCCAUCCUCCUCCAGGCCUCCUGGUUCACGUGAGAGCCUGGCGUGAAUCAUGGCUCAGCGACGAGGAUGGACCGAAUGGGAAGCGGAAGCAUUAG